GCUGCGCCUUGGAGCUGCCCGCGCGCCGGGGCGGCGGGGAGCUGCAGUUCGACCGCGUCUACCACGGCGGCGUGCCCACCGAGGCCGUGUGCGCCGACGCCCUGCUGCCGCUGGUGCAGCUGGCGCUCGCGGGCGGCUGCUGCAGCGCGGUGGUGCUGGCGGCCUGCGCCGUCGGGCGGCGGGGGCCCGCGCACGGCGCGCGCGCGAGCGGCGGCGAGGUGGAGCGGGAGCUGGGCCUCGCCGUGGCGCUGGCGCUGCUCGCGGUGCGCGCGCUCUGGUCAGCACGGGCGGAGGCCAGCCCGGCCGCUUCCUCCGUGCUGCUCUCGUGGUGCGCGCUCGGGCGAGGCCGCCCGCCCGUCGAUCUGCUGCGCGGCCGAGCCCCGAGCGCGGCAAGCGCGGCGCUGCCGGGCGAGCCAGCGCCGCGCUUGCGCGAGGACCUGGUGGGCGCGGCGCUGGGGCACGGCGUGCUCGUGGACGGGCUGGUGGAGGUGGAGUUGCGCACCAUGGACGAGCACAACCUGCUGAGCGUGCUCAGGGCCGGCGCCGAGGCCGCGGAGAGCGGCGAAGAUGCCGAGCACGGUCUGCUCAGCCUGGCUGUGGGGCGAGGCGAGUCGCAGGCGCGAGGCCUGCUGCGGAUCUUCUCGCUCAGGUGCGCCGGCGAGGGCGCUGGGAACUCGCCGCUGCAGCCCGCGCUCGAGGCCCUGCAGUUGCCGAGGCCACCGACGGCACCCGCGGGCGCUCCGCCGCUCGAGCGGCUGCUGGCCGGAUGCUUCCGGCCGCUGCACCGCACCCUGCUGGUGGCCUGCGUGCCCCAAGGGUGGGACGCCGACGAGGCAGCGGUCCAGGCGUUGCGUCUCGGGGCCCAGCUGCGGCUGUGCGCACGGCGGCUGGCGUCCUCCCUGGGGCCGAGCGCCGCCAGCGCCAGGAGCGAGGCCGCCUGCUCGCCAGAGGGGGCCGCCGUCCAUGCCCGCGCCAGCAGCAGCGGCCACUCCAGCAGCUGGGCGAGGCGGCGCGUGCGCGCAGAGGACUGGCAGCGAGAGCGACGGCCCACGGCUUCGACGUCGGAAGGCCUCCACCCAGAGGGUGCGAGCAGGCAAGGCGCCGUGGAGCGCUACGCCUUCUUCGACCCGCGGUGGACCUCGCGAAGAUACGGCGCCAACGUCGCCGCUGCCUCCUCGCGGGUGCGCGCUGGCAGCGCUGGCGGCCUGGCCGCUGGGCGGCUGGCAGCCAGCCCGAGCCGCGCGCGCCUCCUGGCCGCGGAGGGCGGGCUGCUGCACGCGGAGGCUGCGCUCGAGCGCAGAGUGAGGCUGCAGGAGGUCGAGCUCGAGGCCGAGCGCACCCGCACCGCGCAGCUGCAGGAGAGCUGCGAGGAGCACCAGCGGGAGGCCGAGAGCCUCCGGUCCCAGUGCGAGGGCCUCCAGGAGGCCCGUCGCGAGCUGCGCGAGAAGGACAGGUCGUUGCUCGAGCUGCAGGUCAAGGCCGGCGAGGCGCGGCGCUACGAAGAGCGGCUGCGGGAGGAAGUGGCUGCGGAGCGCGCUCACGCGGAGAGCGCGCGCCUGGAGGCGUUCGAGGCGCGCAUGCGUGACGAAAGUUCCUGCAAGCUGGCUGCUGCCGAGCGGGCACAGCGCGAGGCCGCGGAGGCGCGCUUGUGCGACGACGUCUGCGCCAAGCUGGCUCUCGCCGCGCAGUCCAUGCGCGCGGCUGAGGACCCGUGCUGUCAGCCCCUGAAGGUGGAGGCGCCGACGUGCUCGGACGCCCAUCGCUGCCCGCCCACGCCAGAGCCAGCCCCAGCGGAGGAGGCCCGCCGUGCGGUGGUGCCACCCGCGCCGGCCUCCUGCCCGCCGGCGGCGCCAGCUGAGCCACACCUGCUGGCGUGGGAGCCGCGGCGCGGGGCGGCGCCGUGCCCGGCCAAGGUGGCGCCGGUCCCCGCGCUGGGCCUCGGGCCGCUCGCCGCGGCGGGGGCGCGGCGCCCCCUGUGCGAGGUGGCCGCCUGCGCUGCCCCGCCCGCGGUGGCGGCACCGGACCUGCAGCCGCCGCCGGGCCGGCGGUGGGCGCGCGGCGCCGGGGGUGCGGUGGGCCCGGCGGCCGCGCGCGUGGCCGCGGAGCGCGGCGCUCACGCCGCGGCCGCGGGCGCCCGGGCCUCCUGGGAGCUCGCCGAGCUGCGCGGCUUCCUCGAGGGGCGCUUCGGCGGCCUGGGCGGCGCGGCGGAGAGCCUGUUCGCCGGGGGGAGGCAGGCCCUCCGCGUGGAGGCCCUCGCGGCGUGCCUGCGUGCAGCGGGCUACGACGAGGGUGCCGGUGGCUCCGAGCUGCCUCAGCUGCUCCGCUCGUGCUCUGGGCUGGGCGGCGCGGGGGGAGAAGCUGGCAUGAUCUCGGCGGACGCUUUUCUGAGCGCCUUAGGCGCCGGUGCAGAUGCAUGAUUAUGUCUUUGGCCGCGCUGCGCCAGUGGGCGUCGCAGCUGUAGCCAUGGUCUGCUCGAGUCCCUGGGGUAGAUCGUAUUCCGAUUCGGUGCAGGGACGAAUCGGGCGACCUGGAAAUGUGGUGCCCCCCGUGCAGGUCGAUCGUGCACUGAGUGUGAGCGCCCAUGUGCCCAUGUGUGCGG